UGUAGUGGUAGUGUAAAAAGUGUGUUCAGUAUAAUGUUUAAUAAAAACAGUAUAAAAGUAUCCUUAUUGCAGUUAUCAAGAUAAAAUAUGUCUGGUCCGUUAAAAUGGAUUUUACUACUUAUUGUAGUUACAGUACGUGCCCAAGAGCCACGUCGCCGAAGUUAUUGGCUGUGUCCAAACGACUAUUUACAUCAGCAAAAACUUGAAAUCGAUAAAUUAGAUUGUACCGGUAAUAAUAUCAAGAUGAAAAAAUUUGAUUCUAGUGAGAGCGGUCCUUUUUGGGCAAACCGAGGAAAAAAAGAUCCAGUUUAUAUUCGGGAACCAUUGUUUGCACAGGAACCGGGGUAUGCAGAGGAACCGUACUGGAUGGUUGUGAGAAGUGAUAAUCAGAAUCAGGAAGAACCAUUUUUUGUCUCUAGAGGUAAAAAGGAGAACGGAUUUAUCAGUGGAAAUUUGAGAGAAACUAGAGAGUUUUUACAGGAUAAUGAUGUCCCUUUUUUUGCAGCUAGAGGUAAAAAAUUCAAAAUCAAGAAUUGAUUUU